UCUAUUUUCUCUCUCACACACACAAACACACAUAGAUGUAUGUAUAUCCUUUUUCGCGCCUCUUCCAUCCAUCGCCGGAGUAACAAAGCAAGCUCUUAGCUAAAAGAAUUACUACUAUUUAAUUCGUUGAAGGGAGUCUCGCCGGAGAUUCUAGAUCCGAUCGUAGUCGGAGACAAUGAUUUAAGGUUUCUGCUAGCUGCUCAUGAUUAUCGCUAAGUAUCCAUGAAAGAUACAGUUGGAAAGUUCAUGUAAUUUCACAGUGAAUAAGAUAUACAUAUAUACUUCAUGGAUUUGAGUGAUGGAUAUAGGAGUGAUCAUUCACAUGUGGCCCAACAAAGCCGAAGGGAUAAACUGAGACUUCUUCAGCUAAACACAUCCUCUUCGAAUUAUCAAGCGCAUGCCUUCUUGGAGGAACAACAACAACAACAACAACAAUUGUACCUUUCUCAUAACCAGAUGUUGAAUCCAGAUCAUCUCAUGCAAAUUAGAAACAACAAUUCUCAUGAUCAGUACAAUCCAUCAUCUAUUGACUUAUCAUCCCAAAUGGUUAAUUUCGAUGCAAACAACCAAGGAACCGGUAGUUCUUGGAGAAGUUGUGAUUGGAACAAUAUGGUCAACUAUCAAUCUAAUCAGCAGCAACAUACAUUUACUGAUCAUUAUCAUAACGCAAGCCAGAAGACCCAUGAAGGGAUGCAAAUGAAUACCUCCUCUUUCCCUCAAACCGCCCUCCAAGGAGGUGUGACGCUGGCUGUGGCCGGGAAUGAAGCGUUGGAGAUGACCAACUUAUUACCCGUGAACACGGGUAAGGACUAUUUACGUAGUUCUUGGGCAGAUAAUGGUAAUGAACUUGUUCUUCUUCCGAAUUACUCGAACCAGUUAGGUAUUGAUCAAAAUACAUCUUCGGGUGCUUGGAUGGGUAAUAAUAGCCCGGUUGAGGGUUGUCACCAAUGGUCUAAUAAUGUUCAAGGGUUGUCUCUAACACUCUCAUCUGCAUUUGGGGAAGGACCAGCUGAUUUAAGGCCGUUGAAGUCUGAAUUUGCAAGCCCCGGUUCUAAACCAUUUCUUGGCAGUAAUAACUAUAAGGGUAUGGGAAGUAGUAGUAAUAAUAAUAAUAAUAAUGAUAUGGUAGGAAACACAGGUUUUGUACAUCAGCCUAAUUCAACAACCGGUCCUUUGGGGCCCUUCACUGGCUAUGCCACGAUUCUGCGGAGUUCUAAGUUCUUGAAGCCGGCUCAGGUGUUGCUUGAUGAGAUUUGCAAUUCCAUAGGCCAAAAGUCUGUCCAGAAAUGUAAUGUUUCUGAGAUUGCAAAGUCUCCUGUUCGGGAUAUUAAUCGCGACGAGUAUAUGAUUGAAUUUCAAAAGGGAGCUGUUGAUAACGAUGUCUUACAAACAACAUUCUAUGGUUCCAAUGAUCAAAUCAGCGGAGAAGGCGGCUUAAGAGGUGGAUUGAAUGAGAAUUGUAGCCCAGAAUUUCACCAAAAGAAAGCAAAACUGAUGUUUAUGCUUGACGAGGUUUGCAGAAGGUACAAGCAGUAUCAGCAACAGAUGCAGAUGGUGAUUUCCUCUUUUGAAUCUGUAGCCGGUCUAAGCGCAGCCACUCCUUAUAUUAUGUCGGCUCUCAAGACAAUAUCAAGACACUUCAAAUGCCUUAAAAAUGCCAUCUUGGACCAGAUCCAACAAAUCAGGAAGACUUUGGGGGAGGAUUUGUCAUCACCAACUGCUGCCGGCGUUGGCGGCGGCGGCGCCGGCGGCACUAGUACGAGUAGUAAAGGGGCGGAGACAAGCACAUCGAGGUUGAAGUCGUUGAUCUGUAAUGACUUCACCAAACAGAGAGCAGCCAACUUAGGGUUCUUUGAGCCUCAACACCAUGUCUGGAGGCCUCAAAGAGGACUACCCGAACGAGCCGUAGCCAUUCUUCGAGCUUGGCUUUUUGACCAUUUUCUUCAUCCAUACCCGACCGACACAGACAAACAUAUGUUGGCUACACAAACAGGUCUUUCCCGAAACCAGGUGUCAAACUGGUUCAUAAAUGCUAGAGUUCGGGUAUGGAAACCUAUGGUUGAAGAAAUACACAUGCUGGAAACGAAAGGCUUGGGAGAAGCAAAUUCAAGCAACGGUAAGAGCCACGGAAAAGCAAACCCCGAGCCAAUAUGUUUCCCACAGAACGAUGACGAGGCCAUUAAGAACAAACUUGGUAUGAUGGCAACUUCAAGCAAGCAAUUCAGAGGUUUGGGAGUUGGAGUUGGAGAAGGGCAGAGUAAUGUUGUUGGUGGUCAAUGGAACCAGGAAAAGCGAUCAAGGGUCGAGUGCCAAGACCCGUCUUCAUUCAUGGGGUUCAUACCGUACCAGUCUAGCGGGUUCGACAUAGGACCUGGACUCGGGGCGGUGUCACUCACUUUGGGGCUAAGGCAAAGUCCGGAAAGCACCCAGCAUCACCACCACCAUCCGCACCUUCAACCUCAACAACAGCAGCAACAACAAUUGCAACAAUAUGGAAGUCAGAUGAUCCACGAGUUUGUGGGUUAACUAUGAAGAAUAUGAGACAUGAGAAAAUAAAGCAUAUAUAGCCUUUUGAAUGUGUUGUUGUAACCAUUGGAUAAUUUGGCUGGCUAAGGAAAGAUCGAGGAGGAUUAAUUAGUAGUUAGUGAGGUACGUAGGAUAGUAAUUAAGGGGGGACAAGGCUAAGGGUAUACUUACGUUACGUACGGACGUAGAAACCCUUAAUUUAUGGACGUCGGUUGGUUUCCUCUUCUUUUUUUAAAAAAAAAAAUGGUGGAAAUUUAAUAUUUAUGGAACUUACUUGAUGGUUAAAUGUAAUAUCUGAAUAUGGAAAACAACAUAACAUGCAUGCAUCAGAUUUUUGUUUGGGAACUUAAUUGUUUGAUUAC